AUGCAAUUUUUGAGUCCAAACAAGCACGUGCGAUUAACGAGUAAUGACUCUGUUGAUAUUCAACGUUUGAGCGAGUCGCAGUCAGCUGGAUAUGAACGCAUCACACAGCUUCUGAACACUGAUACACAGUUGAGGUCGGACUUGAAGCCACUAGUACCUUCAGUUCAUGGCUAUCAUUGCUUGAAGCCUUCAGCUGCCUCAGUUCACAAUGAUCCUGAUGGUUUUCGAUGUUGGAAGUUGAAUAAGUGGAAUGUGUUUAGAAAUAAACAAACAAAGAAAAACAAGAAUUAUGCAGAGAAACGUUAUCGGCGAGGAGCGUCGAAUCGGAAACAUGUCGAAGAUUCGAAUAACUUGCUGGCCGAUUAUUUGAAUUCAUAUUCACUGCAAAAAAUGAAAGGACUUUUGGGCAUCAUUCGAGCAAGAGACACUGAUGAUAUACCAGUGCACUCUGUUGAACUGCGCAUUAACUAUCAAGAUGUCAAGGUUUACAGUGAUCGCAUUAUCAUACGAUUGGGAAUUUUGUAA